AUGACAAUAGUUAAUGUAACAGUAAAAUGGAAAAGUCAUGUUUACAACGAUCUACAACUAAACACAGGUGAAUCACUCAUGUCCUUCAAGGAGAAGUUGUGGAAACUCACAAACGUUCCUCCAGAAAAGCAAAAACUAAUGUACAAGGGACUUAUUAAAGAUGAUACAGAUCUGUCAACUCUAAACAUAAAAAAUAAUGACAAAAUUAUGCUAGUAGGAUCCUCCGAAACAUUAAUAGAAAGGCCUACGCAAGUAAUUUUUGUGGAAGAUUUAUCAAAAGAGGAUAAGGAAAAAUUACAUGCAAAAGAAAAUAUCAUUUUUGAAGAUCAAGGUAUUGUGAAUUUAGGAAAUACAUGUUAUUUUAAUGCCGUGUUGCAAUUUCUAACUUCUUUUGAUGAUUUAGGUGAAUUUCUUAGGAAUAUAAAAAGAAAAGAAAAACAUUCAUUAAAAUCUUCUAGUGACAUUUUAUUUGAUUCUUACAUUCAUUUUUCCCAAACCUUUGGAAAAUCUCCUGAACCGUUUGUCCCACUUGAAUUAUUAAAAUCUUUUAGGGAUGUAUUUCCAAAAUUUAAAACUGUGAAUUUAAAAACGAAGCAGUAUGCUCAGCAAGAUGCAGAAGAAUGCAUGAAUGCCAUUCUUACAUCACUCAAUGAACAAAAUGAAUUUAAAAUAAGUGACAAGUUGUUUUCAUUCAAAGUACUCAGCACUCUUAGGUGCAUAGAGGAUGUUGCGACUGACGGAGAUAAUAUAACAUGUAACAAUGCCACAAGUGCAAAUACACCACAAAAUACUGAAACAACAGAAGAAUUUCACAAUAAACUUAUUUGCUAUAUGGGAACUCAAAAUACCCCUGUCAAUCAUAUGCAUGAAGGAAUACGAUUGUCCUUAAUAGAAAAAAUUAGAAAGCAACGAUCUGAAGAUAAUAAGGAAGAUGCAUUGUUUGAAAAGAAAUCAGAACUUAUUUCUCUCCCCCCUUACCUAAUUGUUCAUUUUUUACGAUUCGAAUCAAAGAAAAUAUCGGAGCCAAAUAAUUCCGUCUCUGUAGUAACAGCUAAAAUUUGCAGAAAAGUAAGUUUCCCAGAAACGUUUGACAUUUAUGACUUCUGCUCUAGUGAUCUGAAAGCUCGGUUAAAUGUAGCUCGAAAUAUUAUCAUGAAAAGGAAAGAAGCCGAUUUAAUCGCUCGGAUGGGUAAUACUCAAGCCGUUGAAGAUUUUGCUGAAAAAAAUGUCUUAAACGAAGAAACUGCUAAAGGAAAUAAUCAGAGCAACCAAAGUAGCAACAUCGAAACUGCAAUCCAAAGUCAAAUCAAAGUUCCAAAGGAAGAAACGGGCGAGGAAGUAAUAGCUGAAAAUCAUACGAAUGCAGAGAAUGUAGAUGGGCGGGAUAAUAACCCUGUGGGGGAAGUAAACGAAAUACCCACAGGGGAAUAUGAAUUAAUUUCAAUAAUAACCCACAAAGGUAGAAAUGAAGAAAGUGGACAUUAUAUUGCUUGGAAAAAAAUGAGAAAAUAUGUAGGCACAGAUACCAAUACUGAUAAAGAACAAUUAAAUAAAAAAACAAAAAAUCCUAAUGAUUCACUAUGGUUUAAAAUGGAUGACGACAAAGUAAGUACUUAUAAAUAUUCUUCCCUUGAUUUAUGUGGAGGCUGUAGUGAUUAUAAUAUAGCUGUAUUAUUACUAUAUAAAAGGAAAACCUUAUCAUGUACACUAGCAGAGUUUGAAGAAUAUGGAAAAUGA